GCCAGCACACAGAGAGAGGCGAAGAGGGUAGGGAACCGCCUCCUCGAAUAUUCAACCUUUCUUUCCUAAAUAUCCCAUCCCCCACCAUCAAUCAAAGAUUCGCUGUGUACGCGACGCCCCGACCUCGACCCUCCUACGCCCUCCGAUCUCUUCUUAAGCUUACCCCCUGAGUUCUCAUCUCUCUCUCUGAUCGCUUCUGUGUUCUCCAAGAUUAUUCUUUCUCGGAUUCCUGAUACUACCUCGAUCCCCGUCUUCGAUCUUUCCAAUUUUACGGACCUGCCGAUGCUGUAAAACAAAGCCCUCCUUUUAAUGAUCUGUUGUUCUCUCUUCUUUUCCAUCCCGUCAGAUCUUCUCUCUUCUUCUAAGCUUCUUCGUCGAAACUGGUCCAUUGGAGAACCAAGUCACCAACUAAUCCGCCGUGAGCAUGAUGGAUAAUUUCGCUGAGAAAAUGCAGAGAUGCCAGACUUACAUGGAAGCCUUGGAGGAAGAGCGUCGCAAGAUCCAGGUCUUCCAGCGCGAGCUCCCGCUGUGUUUGGAGCUUGUUACUCAAGCCAUUGAGACAUGCAGACAGCAGCUUGCGACCAGCACUGAGUAUUUUCCCGGACCGACUGAAUGUUCAGAACAGACAUCAAGCGAAGGUCCUGUGUUGGAGGAAUUCAUUCCAUUAAAACGGAGCUCCUCUUCUGAAGAGGAGGAAGAAUUAAACAAGCCCAAUAACAAAGACAGGAAUGACAAAAAGGCGGACUGGUUGAAAUCUGUCCAAUUAUGGAAUCAAGCGCCAGAUCCACCCCUCAAACAGGAUCUGGGUCCGAAGCUAUCAGUCGUGGAGACAAAGAAAAGUGGAGGCGCAUUUCAUCCGUUUGAGAGGGAUACUAAGCGGGUUACAAAACCCACAGCGACAUCUGUAGCGGCGGCACCAUCCACAGCCCAAGCAACUGCUACGACAAGCUCCACUGCCGAGACCAUCACUGACGACAGCAGAAGAGACGGGAAAGAAGGACAGUCGCACAGGAAACCCAGGCGGUGUUGGUCGCCGGAGCUACACCGGCGGUUCCUGAAUGCCCUUCAACAGCUCGGUGGUUCUCAUGCUGCAACGCCUAAGCAGAUCAGGGAACUGAUGAAGGUAGACGGGCUUACGAACGAUGAAGUCAAAAGCCAUUUACAGAAAUAUCGGUUGCAUACAAGACGACCGAGUCCGGCGAUUCACAGCAACGGCAACCAGCAAACGCCACAGUUUGUGGUGGUGGGAGGAUUAUGGGUUCCACCCCCUGAUUAUGCCGCAGUAACGGCAACGAAGAGGGAGGCAAAUGGGGUUGCUGCUAAUGGUAUAUAUGCUCCGGUGGCUCCACAACCGGUGCCGGAAUCGUGCUCUCAGCAGCAGAAGAAGCAAAAGCAGUCUCCGCAGUCGUCGUUACAGUCAGAAGGGAGGAGCAGCGGGCAGAGGGAUGAUGACGCUCAUUCCAAUUCACCUUCUGCGUCUUCCUCUACACAUACCACCGCUGCAGCUUCUCCUUCCUUGUAAUGUUACAUGGGUAUUAGAAUGAGGGUCUGAGUUGAGUUUUGUAACAGAUGUUUUUGUUCUUGUAACGUGAAAAAUAACAAACCAAAGAAUUUAAACGUGAUCUCUGGUUUUUGUUUAUAAUUGUAACAUUGAAACAAGAUCUCAAUAUUUCCAAAGCCAUGGCCUUUACCUUUCUUUAA